AUGAGGCUUUGCAUUUCUCUCCUGCUGGUCACUCUAGCCCUUUGUUGCUACCAGGCUAAUGCAAGAGUCUGUCCAUCUCUUCUUAAGGAAUUAACAACCUUCUUACUUGGUACUGAGGAUGAGUACACAACACUCCUUGGAAGUUUUGGCCCACCUCGGGAAGUUAUUGCAGCCAAGGUGGAAUUGAAGGAAUGUGUCGAUCAGAUCUCCUUUGGACACAAAUUGCUUAUUUCAGAGAUAGUGGGAAAAAUAGUGGCAAAAUGUAAUCAGCUGACUGUACCCUAAAUUACCUCCAUCCAUCAAUGAUAACCUGAUCUUCAUCAGAAAAUGUAAAGGUCUCAACAUCUUGCUUCAAUAAAUUACUUGGCAG